CGCUGCAGACUCGGUCUGUAAUGUAGUGCGCAUGUGUAGGCUGUACAGAGCCGUUUGGGAUGCGGCCAUGUUGGACCCUCGGGCUGCCAGCUCAACCAGCACCAGGCUGAAUGAAUGACGUGGAUUUCCAAUCGCUGAAAUUCCCGCUGCGCUCCGGGUUCUGCUGCAUGCUGUGGAGUCAGAGCGGUGAAGGAAUGAAUAAAGCCAAAGUUGAGAGUCUGCGGGAAAAGGUGGAGGGGAACGAGCUGGAUCUCAGCCUGUGUAACCUCACAGAUGUCCCAGUCAAGGAGCUGGCUGCUGUUUCCAAGGCCACAGUUCUGGACCUUUCCUGUAACAAUCUCUCCGUUCUAACUCCUGAAUUCUGUACACUAACUCACCUGGUUAAAGUCGACCUGAGUAAGAAUCAGCUGGUGAACCUGCCGGAGGAGAUCGGCCGUCUCUCGAGCCUGCAGCACCUGGAUCUGUACAACAACAAGCUGACGGUGCUGCCGCUCAGCUUCUGCCAGCUCAGGAGUCUGAAAUGGCUGGAUCUUAAAGACAAUCCCCUGGAGCUGACGCUGGCCAAAGCUGCAGGAGACUGUCUGAAUGAGAAACAGUGCAGGCAGUGCGCCGGAAGGGUUCUCCAACACAUGAAGAUUCUCCAAGAAGAAGCAGAUAAGGAGCGGGAACGCCGGCUGCUGAAGGAGAAAGAACAAGAAAAGAAGAGAGAAGCGAAGCAGAGGGAGAGAGAGGCCCGGGAAAGAGAAGCACAGAAAAGGAAAAAGGCAGAGGAGAAGGAGAGGAAAAGGAAGGAGUAUGAAGCACAGCUGGCUGCUCAGGCUACACAGGAACAACAGAAGAAGAAGAAAGAGGAGAAGAGAAAGAGAGCCAGCCAAAAUCAAGAUAAAAAGAAGGCCUCCGGUGGCGCGCCUCAGGCCAGGCGCUCCGUGUGCUCUCGGCUCGUCUCUCUGCUCCUCAGGAUUGUGCUCCUGCUCAUCAUCAGCGCCGCAGCAGUGAUCGGAGCUUGUCGGAUCACCAAGCUGAAGAAAGAGGCGUUUUGUGCUCCGGUAAACCUGUACGCAGACGAGGCACUGAGCUGGGCUCGAGGCCUGGACGUGGUGCAACAAGUCAUUCAGAAAAUCUCUGACCUUCAGCAAUGACCUCUCACUGGUUCAGACUGACGAGACGGCGUCCAUCUUGCCCCAGGUUUCAGUCUGGACGGGAAAUGUGUACUGGGGUGCUAUGAGGAACGUCCUUCCCUAGUUUUGGUCUCAUAUUUUAAAACCAUGGCAUGGCUGUAUAGAGGAAAAAAAAAAAUCAGAUUUCCAGAACAUAAAUGGGCGAAAGUGGACUUGGGGGUCUUUAUGCUGCUUUGAAGCUACUGAACAAAGAGACUCGUCUUCAGAUGUGACCUUUUAGCGCCUUUUGUACUGUUCGUAAAUCUUAAAGCAAACCGCUGCUGAAGAGCAUUGAGAGCAUGCUGACGUAAUUAUAAUCAUGUUGGAGAGAGAAAACGCACAUGAAGUACAAACUGUGCUAUUUUCGCUCCCAAUACAAUGCUGAUACAUUAAUAAAUAAUAAUAUCUGCCUUCCUUGUCUUUAACAUUACUGUUCUUGUCUAAGACACGUGUGCUCUGAACAUGAGGGGCAGGAAGUGUAGUGACACGCCCACGCUGUUCCACAGCACUGUCGACUGAAUUAAAAGUAUGGCUUUGUAUACAUUUGUAAUUUUUAAAAAAAAUUUGUUUAAAAUGUGACUGUAAGUCAGGGAAAUGAACCGCAUGAAUAAAUAUCACCGUAUUGCA